AUGACUGAGAUGAAUAUUGAAACAUCAUAUCCAAUUAAACCUGAAUUACCAUCAGGCGAUGAUCUACCAACCAUAGUUGCCAAUGAUUCAUUGAGUCUUGCUGAUUCUCAACAAGGUCGACGAAGACAAAAUCGUGUACAUAAUCAAAGAAGAAAUACAGGAAGAAUUGUAUGGAAUGAUGAAACAAAACAAGUUGAAAUUCAAGAUGAUUCUUCCGUUGGUAAGAAAUCUAACGAUACAUCAAGCGAUAAAGAUAUUCAACAAUCAUCAAUGAUCGGUUCUCGAAGUCUAAUGUCUCGAUUUAACAACAGUAACAAAGAAUGUAUGCCUCCAGUCUUACGAAUUAAUCGUUCACACAAUCAUGAACCGUCAAAAAAACCAUUGGCAGCGCAGAAUUCUUCAUUAGUGCAUGGAAUCAGUUCAAAAAAAGAUAAUAAUGAUUUAUCGAUGAUCAAAUUAUAUGAAGAAACAAAAAAGCUCAUUGAUCAACUGAAUGAACAAGCUGAUCGAUUAGAAAAAGAUAUUAUUGAUCGUGAUCAAAUCAUUGAAAAUCUCAAAACAUCUCAAUAUUUUGAACAAUCAUUUGACAAACGAGAAAAACGAGUUUAUGAACGAAGAAUAUCUGAAUUGGGAGACGAAUUACAAAAGAUCGAUUCAAUAAAGUCAGAUAAUAUUCGUUUCAAAGAAGAAAAUGCUGCACUGAUUCGUCUUAUUAGUAAACUAUCGAAAUGA